AACACGAGGAGACGAGGCUUUUGUUUCUCCGACAGCUCUUCAGUGUAGUUUGGUGCAUCAGAGAUUGUCGAUGCGGUCUCCAACGCCCUCACUUGGAUUCCUACGAUUUCUCUGCUAUUUACGCCUCUCUGCGCUUAUCCGACUAGCUGCAGAAUUUUUAAUCGCUUUUAAACCACUAUUUUCUAGCUCUGCCAGCCCUUCGGGACUUUCUUAGCAUUACACGAAUCAUUCAACAAGCUUCAGAACGAAGAGGCAGACGAGGGUGGUGACGAGCAACCACCACAUGAAUGUGUGACUUUAUUCCUGCCUGAGAUGUUUAUCAUCUCAACUAUGAGUGAAAUACUAGUUUCACGUAUGGUACAGAAAUCGGUGAUUAGUCACUCAUGUUUUAUGCGUCAUGUUUGCCAAGAACUUGCACAUUCUUAUCAUUACGUUUGAAGCUCCAAUCUCAAAUUGGGAAUGGACCUUUGGAAUCUAUAUUUUCACCAUUAUCCACAAGGAUGACUUCACGUGUAACUGCUCAAGCGAUGGUCGAAAGAGAUUGCGAUGAAGAGCUCGAGAAAGAGCAGGAGAUGGAUUAUCCGAUUCCCCUCUCACCAUUUGCAGGGGAGCUCUCGAAGGAAGUAGAGCUUCAAAGAGCUUUAGUUGCAGAGGCCGCAAUGAAAGCUGGGCCGGCAAUUGGGCAAGAAAGUGUGUUGUUUGAGGAUGAUUGGCUGAUGAUUGUGAACAAGCCCCGGGGAUUAUACUGCGAGCAUGUGCUUGCAACUAUUCCAUCCCUGUGUCGCUCAAGUGGAGAAACCCAAUUACAUCUACAUAUGGCGAAUCGACUAGAUCGGGAUACAAGUGGAAUCAUGGUCAUCACUAAAUGCAAGGAAGCGGCUGCAAAGCUCACCCGUGCUUUCACCAAUCGCGAGGUUCAGAAGACAUAUCUGGCUCAGUGUGCCCGGGCAAAGCCCACGUGGAGAAAGACAAGGAUCGAAUCUGGACACGGCAGAUCCAGAUAUGGCGCAUGGCGUGUCUAUGCCAAACACGAUAUUGGCAGGCGUCUUCCAGGAGGAUCUACGGUUAGAGACAUGGUCACUAGAGUAGAAAUUAUUGCAGGUACUAAUUCGUUAAAACAAGAUCCGCAACCUUCACCCGAACAUGACUUUGUAGAGGUUGUGGUUGGAAGAGAAGAUGAGGUAAGGCUUGGCAAGGAUGAGGUUGAAGAUGGGAGUUUAAGAGAGACACAGGAGCUGACUGUGGUCCGUGCAUUUCCGGAAACUGGAAGAACUCAUCAGAUUCGGUUACACUGCCAAUAUUUAGGCCUGUCUUUGUGCGGGGAUGUCAAGUAUGGGGGCCCUCUUGUCUGGCAGGGUUUAAGUUAUGAUUCACAUGCCUUGCACGCUGAGAGUCUAGCAUUUAGACAUCCUAUUACCAAAGAGCCAAUUUCAGUAGUCACUCCAUGUCCAAGUUGGGCUGCUCAAUUGGGAGUUAAACCAUUUGAGCCUAAAACCUCGGAAUAACUUCUCACUGGCAUCAUCUCUGUGUUCUCAACCAUCAAUCUCCGCAGGUUUUAAAACGUCGUAACCUUCAGUGCAAACCUGAAUUGACCUGGAUCGGCACUUCUUCCGUUCGGAGAUCCCUGAGGAGCUUACUUCGAGAAGCACUACAGUAGUGUCUCCCUGAAUAUUUCUGAAGGUUGUAGUAGUGGUUCAGAGAAAUAGAGUGACUGGCAUCAAUCUCAUCAGUGUGAAGUUGACUACUAUUGCAGGUUGCUUGCUUACAUGAAUUGAGCAUUACUGAAGCCAUUGAAUGGUACUUUUUGAAGCUGCUUCCAAA